GGGGUGUGGUCUGGAGUACAGAGCAGACAAAGAUCCUCGCUGAGUUCCUGGAUCGAUCAGUGACAUUUGAUAGGACUGUGUGGUGGCACCAUGUCCGCCGCCGAAUGGAAGCAGAGGUGUGAGGCUGAGUGGAGUCUGCAGGGCGCGACGAUGCCCGACAGCGUGGACUGGAAGUCGGUGUACGAGGCCAAACCGCUCGGGAGGAAUUUACUGAAGAACCCUUCGCCCCACGGCUUGUGCAAGGACAACCCUCCACCUGAACCGGAACAGUCUGAUGUACCAAGACGUGGACCUCCAUGUUUUCAGCCUGAGGGUGACUUCAGCGGCUGGACCACAGGCAUAGAAGUCCUACCCUAUGAUACAAGCGGCAUCCCUGCAGGUGCUGUGAUCUGUCAGCUGCCUCGGUACAGCUGGUUCUCCAUGGAGCAGGUUGUGGACCUGAAGGCAGAGGGACUGUGGGAGGAGCUGCUGGAUGAGUUUCAGCCUGAAAUAGUCAUCCAAGACUGGUAUGAGGAGAGUCAGCUGCAUAAUCACAUCUACCAGCUGCAUGUCAAGUUACUGGGUGCGGACAAAAGUACGGUGAUCUCAGAGCACACUGUCAACCCCACUGAGGACUGCAGCUCUUACUCACACACAUGGAAGGAGGUGUCACAUGUGUUCUCUGGAUAUGGACCAGGGGUGAGAUAUGUCCAGUUCCUGCACCGACUCAAGAACAGUUUCCUGAAUGGUUUCUACUCCACUGUGUUCGCCGACAGCUCAGUGAUUGUCAAACCAACCAAAACCAGCUCCUAGGCUGGAUACGCCCAAAAAGUGCCAUGCAGACACAGUUAACACAGUCUAUAUAACCACAUGAUCAACACAUAUUCGCUUUUACACCAGUUAUCAUAUUUAGAUUUCAUCACACUUAAAAACAUUACAAAGUAUGUAAACGUCAGUCUUUGUAUUUACUUUUUAUGCCUUAAAAUGUUUUCGAUUUACAUUCGAUGAUAUUCACAAAAUAACUAUACAAUGGUUUGUGCAAUAAUAAAACCCAAUUUUCUUAUUUCA